GAUGGCGGGGAACGACUGCGGCUCGCUGCUGGACGAGGAGCUCUCCUCCUUCUUCCUCAACUAUCUCGCGGACACGCAGGGUGGGGGAUCUGGGGAGGAACCACUCUGCGCUGACUUUCCCGAGCUCGACCUCUCCCAGCUGGAUGCCAACGACUUUGACUCAGCCACCUGCUUUGAGGAGCUGCAGUGGUGCCCAGAGAACUCCGAAGCCGACCCCAGCGACUACAGCCCUGACGACUUGGAGCUCUUCCAGAAAUGUUUAUGGAGCUCCCUAUGUGUGUCAGACACUGCAUUCAACAGUGGACUCUACGGUCUAGAGGGAAGACUGACCCUAGAUCAGAUAAUCGACAAUGAGAAUGAGGCCCUCCUGGCAGCGCUCACCAAAACCCUGGAUGACAUGCCUGAGGAUGUGAGUCUGGCUGCCUUGCCAGCCCUGGAUGAUGGAGACACACCCUCCUGUGCUUCUGCAUCGCCCGUCCCCUCCUCUGCGCCCCCCAGCCCCUCUCCGGAGGGGCCCCCUGCCUCGGCCCCUGAGGUGGACGAGCUCUCGCUGCUGCAGAAACUCCUUCUUGCCACGUCCUACCCAACCUCGACCUCCGAUGGCCAGAAGGAAGGGACCGCAUGGCGCCAGGCAGGCCUCAGGUCCAGAAAUCAGCGGCCUUGUGUCAAGAUGGAUGGCCCCCAAGACAGGAAGGCCCCCACGCCGCACUCUCAGAGCCGGAGCUGCACGGAGCUACACAAACACCUCACCUCGGCACCAUCCUGCCCCCGGGCUAAAGCCCUCUCCCCGGAUAGAGGCCUGCAGCCACCACCAUCCUUGAGUCCCCGGCUCCCCACCAAGGAGGAUGAGGAGGUGGGCGAGGACUGCCCAAGCCCCCAGCUGGCUCCAGCCUCUCCCGGGGACUCACCAGCGCUGGGCAGGACAGACCCCAGCGCCCAGGCUUCCCAGGAGGACCUGCAGGCCAUGGUGCAACUCAUCCGCUACAUGCACACCUACUGCCUCCCACAGAGGAAGCUGCCUGCACAGGCCCCAGAGCCAGCUCUCCAGCCCAGCAGCAGCCCCGCCAAGCAGGUCAGACCCCGGCCUCGGUCCCAGCUCCCUGCCAAAGCCGCCUGGACCGAGUUCUCCAUCCUGAGGGAACUUCUGGCUCAAGAUGUCCUCUGCGAUGUCAGCAAACCCUACCGCCUGGCCACACCUGUCUAUGCCUCCCUCACUCCCCGGCCCCGGCCCAAGGACAGCCAGGCCUCCGCUGGCCACCCGGGCCCUGUGGAGGAGGUGAGGGUCUCACCUUCACCCAAGAGUUCAGGGCCCAGACCCAGCCUGCGCCCGCUGCGGCUGCAAGUGAAAGGGCAUGUCAGCCGGUCGGCCAGGCUGCAGCCGGAGGAGAAAGAGGAGGAAGAAGAGGAGGAGGAGGAAGAAAAAGAGGAAGAGGAUGAGGAGGAAUGGGGCCGGAAAAGGCCAGGGCGUGGCCUGCCGUGGACCAAGCUGGGGAGGAAGCCGGAGAGCUCCGUGUGCCCUGUGCGGCGUUCCAGGAGACUAAACCCCGAGCUCGGCCCCUGGUUGACGUUCACCGAUGAGCCCAUGGUCCCUGCAGAGCCCCAGGGGCCUCUGCCCUCGCGCUUGGCCCCCGAAGCCUAUGACGUGGAGGGGGAGCCUGGCAGUCCCACGGAUGAGGACAGUGGCCAAGACCAGCUGCUCCUGCGGGGACCCCAGAUCCCAGCUCUGGAGAGCCCCUGUGAGAGCGGGUGUGGGGACACAGACGAGGACCCCAGUUGCCCUCGGCUCUCUUCCAGAGAUUCUCCCAGGUGCCUCAUGCUGGCCUUGUCGCAAAGCCCCACUGGUGACCCUCCUUUUGGCAAGAAGAGCUUCGAGCAGACCUUGACGGUAGAGCUCUGUGGCACGGCAGGACUCACUCCGCCUACCACGCCUCCGUAUAAGCCCACAGAGGAAGACCCCUUCAAGCCAGACAUCAAGCACAGCCCUGGCAAAGACAGAGCUCCCACCCCAGAGGGUCCCCAGCUCGGGGCCACCGCCGAGGCUGCCCACAAGCUGCCAAAGAAGUGCCCAGAGCGGAGCGAGCUCCUGUCCCACCUGCGGCAUGCCCCAGCCCAGCCAGCCUCCCAGGCUGGCCAGAAGCGACCCUUCUCCUGUUCCUUCGGCGACCAUGACUACUGCCAGGUGCUGAAGCCAGAUGGUGCCCUGCAGAGGAAGGUGCUGAGGUCCUGGGAGCCGUCUGGGGCCCACCUGAAGGACUGGCCCCAGCCAGGGCCCCCACGGGCUGAGGGCCAGGCCGCUGGCAGGGAAGAAGACGGAAGCUGUGAUGUUGGUGCCCCCACCAAGGACAGCAUGCUGCUGAGAGACCACGAGAUCCGUGCCAGCCUCACUAAGCACUUUGGGCUCCUAGAGACAGCCUUGGAGGAUGAAGACCUGGCCUCCUGCAAGAGCCCCGAGUAUGACACUGUCUUUGAAGACAGCAGCAGCAGCAGUGGCGAGAGCACCUUCCUCCUGGAGGAGGAGGACGAGGAGGAGGACGACGAUGAAGAAGAAGACUCGGGGGUCAGCCCCCCUCGCUCUGACCACUGCCCCUACCAGAGCCCACCCAGCAAGGUUAGUCGGCGGCUCUGUCCCCGCAGCCGCUCCAGCUCUGGCUCCUCAUCCUGCCGCUCCCGGUCACCAGCCACACGGAGGACCUUCAGAUGUGAGAGCAGAGGGUCGUGUUCAGACGGAACGCCAAGCGUCCGGCAUGCCAGGAAGCGGCGGGAAAAGGCCAUUGGCGAAGGCCGCGUGGUGUACAUCCGAAAUCUCUCCAGUGACAUGAGCUCACGUGAGCUGAAGAGGCGCUUUGAAGUGUUUGGCGAGAUUGUGGAGUGCCAGGUGCUCACGAGAAGCAAGAGAGGUGAGAAGCAUGGCCUCAUCACCUACCGGUGUUCUGAGCACGCAGCCCUGUCCCUGAGGAAUGGCGCCGCCCUGAGGAAGCGCAGCGAGCCCUCCUUCCAGCUGAGCUACGGGGGGCUCCGGCACUUCUGCUGGCCCCGCUAUACUGACUACGAUUCUAAUUCAGAAGAGGCCCUGCCUGCGUCAGUGAAAACCAAGUACGAAGCCAUGGAUUUUGACAGCUUACUGAAGGAGGCCCAGCAGAGCCUGCACUGAUAACAGCCUUAACCUUCGAGGAAUACCUCAAUACCUCAGACAAGGCCCUUCCAAAAUGUUUACGUUUUCAAAGAAAUUAAGUAUAUGAGAAGGAGAGAGAGCGAGCGCGUGAGAGAGAGAGAGAAACUCAGAACUGCUGUCCUUUUAAAACAAAAAAAAGAUCAAUGUUUACAUUGAACAAAGCUGCUUCUGUCUGUGAGUUUCCAUGGUGUUGAUGUUCCACUGCCACAUUAGUGUCCUCGCUUCCGACGGGUGUCCUGGGUGCACGCCAGAUGCUUGGUCUGGCACCCACCUCCCCUUCCUCCCCGACCGACGUCCCCUCGUAGACGUGCAGCUGUG